ACAUGACUUCGGAAACUUAUCAAUGUUUACAUCAGAUCUGAUCCACGUCUACGAGGAAGUAUUUUAAGUUGGCCUUAGUUUAAGUUUAAAUUCAAUGCAAUCAAGCAAUGUAGAUAUUUAGUCUAGAAAUCCAGAUCAAGACUCAGUAUCGUCUGUUAUCGUCGUUAGUUUUGAGCAAGUACAAAAUCAAUACAAGUUUUGUUUGAGAUGUCUGAAAAGGAUCGAAGUGAAUUCUUCUAUGGAAACCAUGAGACUCAGAUCUCAGAAGGUGGUGAGGCUGAGCUACAUAGUCAUAUGUCAUCUUGCCCUAAGAAUCCAGGUCACAAAGAGUUCAUCCCUGUGGAUGAGUUCUCUCCCAGCCAUUUACCUGAAGGUAGUCAGUAUCACAGUCUUUAUGAGCUAACUAAAAGCUUGGCCUACUUGACCGUCCAUGUUGAUGUCCGGCUAGUCAGUGACAACAGGCCAGAAUUUUGGCCAGACAGCUCGGUUCAUUACCCUUUCCACAAAAAGAAAGGGAGCACUGUGCUACGGACUGGAAGUGGGAGGAUCCGAUUUGUGUUUAAAUACACAGACAGGCAAGACAAAACCUGCCCCUGCAUGAAGUGCCGGCUGACUGAUACUCCAAGUAAGACCUGGUGGAAGGUUGACGUGUUGACCGCUACCCAUGUUGUGUUUGACCAGACGGAGGUGAAGCACACCACAUGCAAGCUUUUCUAUGACAAUGAAGAUAGCCAUGUCCUCAGUCUUGCUGGUCUGGACGUAGUCCGAGCUGACAUAGAGAGGGAUUGGUGCGAGAUGACCUGCGCCACAUGCGACGAAAGCUUGGUGAAAGAGCUUGACAAGGCAAUCAAAACAUUUUACGGUCUUAUCAAAGAUGUUCAUGACGACUUUGAUCGCAGAGGGGGCAGUGCUGAAAAUCUGGCCAUCAUUGUCUCUCACCCUCAUGGCUGCCCCAAGCGUAUUUCCAUUGGGCGAUGCAGAGGUAAAGAUGAAGAGAAUGGGGGCAACAGUCGUUACACAUACACAACCUGCACGUGUCCAGGGAGCAGCGGAGCCUGGAUCUACAUGCUGCGGUCCAACUGGUGGUACAACUACACUCAUGUCCACAGUGGGGUCAACCACAUCGGUAAUUUCAGUGGUACUGGUUUUGAUUUUCUAUAAUAAAAGUAGUCACUUUAAAAAGGUAAAAUGCAGGUGCUUACAUUGAAAGGUAGUAGAAUGGAAAUUAGAGAAAUAAGUUAUUAAAGCCAUUAUCUUUGAAAGAAAAACCAGACAAAUGUAUAUUUCAAAGAUGGAACAUUCAUUGUAAGAUGAACUAAUUUUUUUAAACUAUUUUUUUUUAAAUAAAAUCUUUGCUUUGAAAGAAAUGUUUUCAAUUCAUCUAAGAAGAAAAAGAAACUGAAAGUCUAUACUUUUUAAAGUAAAGUUUUAAAAAGAAAUGGCUUCAAACAAAGAAGAAAUGUACUAAAUCUUUUCUUGAGUUGUAUGAAAGAGACUCUUGCUUUUCCUUUUCUUGUUUUUAUGUUAGCAUCCUUUAGAGCCAUAAAUAGAUCAAAUUAUAUUGUUUUUAAAAUGUAUACAUUUUUUUUUUUUUGUGCAUGCUUUUAGUUCAUGUUGAGCAAAGUCUGUAAACAUUACCAUUGCAAGAUUAAAAGUAAAGAUGUUAAUUAUCCCUUUCAAACAAUGUAAUCUAUAGAUGAUGUAAAGUUCAUCUGUUUCUAUGGCUGACUGUUAACAAGGGUGUCACGCAGCAAGCACAAUGACCAACUGCUUUACGUUUCCCAGCUAAUGUCAGGUACUCAUUAGAGUUGGGUGGAUUCAGUAUUGCAAUUAAAGCAUAAAAUUAAAAAUCUCAGUUUUCAGUGAGAUUUGAACCUGGGAAUUUCAGUAAGUGCUUUGCCACUCAGCCACCACAUCCCAUUGCAAGAUUAGUUACAUAUAAAGUAAAUGGGAUGCAGAAAGAAAUGUUUAGAGACUGUGACUGUAAACAUUAUGAUCAAAAUAACCAGUGGUUAAAAGAUGCGUUUAAAAAAUAGAGACUAUUAAUUUAUCCCACUGAUUCCAGAAAGGUGAGUUUUACUAUCUUAUAAAAUAUAGACACUCCUUUGAAAAAAAGUUAAUAAGAGGCUUGAACUCUGGUUGAUUCAGGCAACAAAAGAAACCUUAAGAGCACUUACAAAAGCUAAAUUCAUCAAUGGUGACAUAAGGCAUUAUCUUUAUCUUGUGUUCACAUUUUAAACUAGUCUGGUGAUAUUCAUAUAUAAUGUAGAUCUUUUUAUGGUUUAUGACCUUUAUUGUUUUAAACCACUUUGAAUCUGCAGUAUUUUUUUUUUCUUUUUACAAUAAUUCUAACAAAUUUUGGACUGUUUCCUUAUUUAUAUUCAUAUGCAUGUUUAAAUAUAUUAUAUACUAAAGAAUUGUACAUAUUAUCUAACAUGCUUAUAGAGUGCUUUGAUUUUUUUUUUUUACAAAGUACUGGUAAUAGCAAACAUAUAUUCUGCCAGUGAUUGUUAUAUUUUGUUGUUGUUUUUUUUAGGAUAUUAAUAUAUAUAUUUAUUUUUUGUGUGUUGUAUUUUAGCCUUGUGACACUUUUUGACACAUAGUUGAAACAUUAUAGCAUACAUUAAUUGUUGUAUUAAAUGCAAAUACCCGGUGGUAAAUGUUAUCAGCCUUUUGU